UCUAUAACCCUAUUUGCCUUAGAUCUCUAGGCAAAACUAACUGACUGUAAAAACUUGCCGCGUACUUCGAAAGUACCUUCAUAUUUCGUUAUGAACAAUUUCACUGAACCACCGAGCAACGGCAGCUUUGAAAGACUUGAAAAAGGCUUGGCCAUCUCUUUGAUUUCUAUCAACGCGUUGAGUUCCGUUGUAGCUUGCGUUUUGAAUUUCUUGAUCAUUGCAACUUUUAUCAAGACGUCAUCAAUGUGGACUCCCUCGUAUAUUCUUAUUGUUUCUUUAGCCUUCUCUGAUCUUGGUGUUGGGGCUCUGGUACAGCCGGUUUUUUGUGUUAACUUGUUUGCCACAAUGAAAGCAUGCCCAUCACUUUUUGAUAUGAGCUCUGACAUAACUCAAAAAAGCGGCUGGGUGCUCGUAUUUUCCUCUUUUCUCACGAUUACUGCCAUCACCAUCGACCGGUUCCUUGCUCUUAACUUGCACCUAAGAUAUCAAGAACUUGUUACAACGCAGAGAUCCCUUACUGCUGUAAUCUUUAUUUGGAUUUUAGGCUUGUCUGGUCUUCUCACUCAAUGGUUUCAUAUUGCCGAAAUAAUCUACCCUUCUGUUGUGGCUACUUUGGUUAUUCUGAACAUAACCCUAAUGGUGAAAAUUUCUCGAGCUGUAAGUAAACAUUCAGCAACCAUCCAUGCACAAGAGCAAGCAGUACAGGGAAGCUUGGACCUUCCAGGAUACAAGAAAACUGUGAACACAAUGUAUUAUAUCAUGGGUACGCUGGCAGUUUGUUAUGUUCCCGUCGUAAGCGAGAAAAUUAUAUCUUUCGUUAUAAAAAGGAGCGCUAUUGCGUGGUACCUAACAUACACAAUUAUGUUGAUAAACAGUGCUUUGAAUCCAGUCAUCUACUUCUGGAGAAUACAAGACAUGCGAAAUGCCCUGUUGCAGCUGUUUCGAACCAUGCCAUGUUGUCAACAGCAACAUUGA